AUGCGUACCAAGCCGCCAAGAUCGAGGACCGGGACGGAAGCGUUCACAUUGGGCGGGUCUCUGGGUGACAACCCCAUGGAUGCAAAAGCAGAGGGCAAGACGGUCCAGAACCGUCCGGAUUGGGAUAACCUGAAAGUGGACGUGAUGUUGGUCGUUGUUCGCUCAAAGUUCGCCAGGGAUGCGGACUUGCGCAAGAAGUUGCGUGCCACACGUGGUCAACAGCUUGCGGAAGGUCACGCGGGCGACAGAUUCUGGGGCGGAAGGAGGAACCAUCUCCGCAACAUCUCAUGCGUGUGCGGGAUGAACUUCCAGAAGCAACGAGCCUUCAAGCCUCCCAAACGCUUCGGAGCCGUUCAGGGGCUUGCCAGGGGCUUCUACAAGAUCCUCGCGAAGUGGACGUGGCGGCAGCCACGCAGUUUCACGCACAACCUGGACCCUGUCUGCGGCGGCAGCCAGGUGUUCCCUGAUCCAGAGUUUGUGCGAGGUACCCAGGAGAUCCAGUCCAUCCAGCAAGUCCCGGAGGGUGCUGCCCCUGUCAUCUUCUUACUCAUGCUGGCUAUGGUUGGAUUCAUGAAUUGCUUUUCCUUUUGGCUGCUGGGCCGCGCGUGUGAGCAUGUGAGAACGGCGACACAGGAGGCGACGUACAUUCUAGUUGUGAGGGAGCUGUUGCCGUGUCCAUUGUGGCCAAUUGCCGGCGCGGCAUGCCUCCUGUACCCUGUGGGGACCUGCGUGACAUACGUCAAGUUGACGCAUGACAGCUUGUUCGGGAAUCAGAAAAAGCCUGGUUUGAUUCCAGAUUUGUCGCAUGCUUCUUGGCUUCAGCUGUGGCCCAGCGCCCAUCGCAACAUGAUCGGUCUUGUGCUUCUCACACUGUUUGUCAUCGGGCUUGUGUGGCUCUGGCAGAGUAGGGCGCAGCCACGCCUGUGCGACCUCUACAUCCUCCUCUGCGCGAGCAUCGCCGGUGUCUUCACGGUCUUGUUGGUGGGGUUGCGAGCAGAAGACCAUGGGAGCUCAUUGAAGGUGAUCACGCUGGCAGCGCUGUUCUUGUAUCUGCCCCUGUCAUGUUUGCGGGACAUCAAGCCCCUGCGUCUGGCUUCGGCGAUUGCCGUCCUUUCAGGGUUCGUUCUCGUCUCCGUGGCUCUCUCUUAUGGACCCCAGGACGGACACGACGGCACGUCCACGGAGCCCUCAACAAGCGCGGCCGCGGUCUGCAAAAUCUACAAGGUCUGGUCCAUCCUGGUAGUCUCAUUCACGGCGCACUACAAUGCCCCGCAAUAUUACCGCGAGUUGGGACGCGGAAAUCGACUGGAGGAGUUUUGGAAGGGCACUUUCAGCUCCUUUGUCUUCGUCUUCGUGGCAUACUUCCUCUGCGCCUGGCGAGGCUAUUGUCUAUAUGGCUCGCGCACCCAACAGGACCUCCUGGACAACUUCGCAGACGCAGGCUCAGACGUGGCUCCCAUGGCACACGGCGCGUACCUCCUCAUUGUCUGGGCCGACUUCCCGAAGAUCUUGAAUGGCGUGCGCGAGCUCAGCCAGGGCCUCCUGCUGGGCAGCGACUGGUUUGAUCAAUAUGAGAACGCCUGCCUUUCUCACCGGGCAAGGACGGAGCCAGGAAAAGGCGGGCUGACGCCGGGCUGGGUGCCCGGGGAGCCGUACUUCGAGGAGAUCUAUGCCUUCCAAGGCGAUGUCUACUCAGAGACUGCCCCAAGCUUCAUGAUGGAGAUCUUGGACACGCCGUGCGAGAUGACGAUGGAGGUGACCCAGACAGACCUGCGCUAUGGCGACUCCCAGGAGACUCCUGAGCUGGGGAGGCCCAUGCAGGCGCCCUUGCUGCUGCGCUUCUUCCAGUGCAGCGCGGAGGUGGAUGACAAUGGCGGCGGCGAGAUCUACAUGGUCCAUCUGUCGGCUUGGGGUCACACGCGCGACGCGAGCCUCAGCACCAAGGUGCUGAAGCCGGGGAAGUAUCUCGCCAUGAUUUCCAUCCCGGCUCAGUACACCUGCCACCGGAUGAUCUUCAGAUGCUACUCCACGCGCCCGCUGGUGAUGAAGCCGAUCACACAGCACCGCUCGUGGAUCGCGGUGAACCCGGCGAUGCCACUGAGCGCCAUCCCUUACUCCCUCUGCGGUUUCCAGCGCGUGGACGCCGUGAGCGAGAAGCUGCCGCAGAUGUUCGACGAGGCGUCGGGUCUAGGGUCUAGGGUCUAG